AUGGCGUCUCUUGCACCACCUCAGUUGCGCGUCGAUACCCGCCAUUCUCGCGGGGAUAGCCAAGACGACGCUAUAACACCCUCUCCGAUUUCAACACACUCAAAUCCCUUUCUCACACCCGCGGUCAGCGCCGCAGCAAGCAUGCGCUCAAGCACGACCGUCGUCGUCGAGGACCCCGAUGCUGCUCUCCGGCCCGAUCCUGGUACGGAAGGCGACUUUGUCGUCGAGAAUAACCCCUUUGCAUUUAGCCCCGGGCACUUGAACAAACUGUUAAAUCCGAAAUCACUGCCUGCAUUUUUAGCCCUCGGCGGACUUCGCGGAAUCGAAAAGGGCCUGCAAACAGACGUAAAGGCCGGCUUGUCCCAGGAUGAGGCAUCAGUCCGUGGCAAAGUCAGCUUCCAGGAGGCCACCGGCCACAAGGAGCCAACCUUCGCCACCUCGGGUGCUCAGCCAUCUGCCACGCACCAUGCUGAUGGCAAUGGUUUCACCGAUCGCAUCCGAGUUUACGGCAGGAACAUCCUGCCUCCCAAGAAGGCUACGCCGCUGUGGAAGCUUAUGUGGAAUGCGUAUAAUGAUAAAGUCAUCAUUUUACUGACUGUCGCUGCCGCCAUCUCACUGGCGCUGGGUCUUUACGAGACAUUUGGCGCCGAGCAUGAUCCUGAAGCAGGCCAGCCCGUGGACUGGGUCGAGGGUGUUGCUAUUAUUGUCGCCAUUCUGAUCGUUACUUUGGUCGGAUCUCUUAACGACUGGCAAAAGGAGAGGGCUUUUGUCAAGCUUAAUGCUAAGAAGGAGGACCGUGAGGUCAAGGUCAUCCGGUCCGGUAAAUCUUUCAUGAUUAACGUUGCAGAGAUCCUGGUUGGCGAUGUCAUUCACCUCGAGCCUGGCGAUCUCGUCCCGGUGGACGGUGUCUUCAUCAGCGGUCAUGAUUUGAAGUGCGAUGAGUCGUCGGCCACCGGCGAAUCCGACGCACUGAAGAAGACCGGAGGCGAUGUCGUCUUCAACGCCCUGCAAUCCGGAAACGCGUCCAAGGACAUGGACCCUUUCAUCAUUUCUGGCGCCAAGGUUCUCGAGGGUGUCGGUACCUUCGUCUGCACGUCUAUUGGCACUAACUCCAGCUUCGGAAAGAUCAUGAUGUCGGUCCGUACCGAGACUGAGUCCACCCCUCUGCAGAAGAAGCUCGAAGGUCUCGCCCUGGCCAUUGCAAAGCUUGGAAGCAGCGCCGCCCUCUUCUUGUUCGUCGUUCUCCUUAUCCGUUUCCUCGCUGGGCUGCCCAACGACGUCCGUCCGAGCUCCGAGAAGGCCUCGACCUUUAUGGAUAUCCUGAUUGUCGCCAUUACCAUUAUCGUUGUGGCUGUUCCUGAGGGUCUUCCGCUGGCUGUCACCCUUGCUUUGGCAUUUGCGACCACUCGACUCCUGAAGGAAAACAACCUGGUUCGUGUUCUCCGCGCAUGCGAGACCAUGGGUAAUGCGACGACAGUUUGCUCCGACAAGACGGGUACUCUGACGACAAACAAGAUGACGGUUGUUGCCGGCACCUUUGGUUCUUCCAGCUUCUCCAAGUCUUCCGACGGCGAGAAGGCUACUACUGCUGUACAAUUCGCGCAGACUCUCCCAGCGGCCACCAAGGAACUCAUUGUUCAGUCCGUCGCAAUCAACUCCACCGCCUUUGAGGGAGAGGAAGAUGGUCAGGCUACCUUCAUCGGCUCCAAGACCGAGACGGCACUGCUCCAGUUCGCCAAGGACCAUCUUGGUAUGCAGGCUUUGGCGGAAACCCGCUCAAACGAGGAGGUCACUCAGAUGAUGCCUUUCGACUCGAGCAAGAAGUGCAUGGGAGCUGUCAUCAAGCUGCCCGGCAAUGCGGGCUACAGACUCGUUGUCAAGGGUGCCUCUGAGAUUCUCCUGGGAUACAGCAGCCAGAAGCUCAACGUCUCUGACCUUUCCAUCUCGACCCUGGAGAAGACUGACCGCCAGUCUUUGGAGGCGACCAUCGAAUCCUAUGCCAAGCAGUCCCUUCGCACCAUUGCUUUGAUCUACCAGGACUUCCCCCAGUGGCCACCCCACGGUGUCAAGGCUACCUCUGAGGGCCACGUUGACCUGGCUGAUGUCCUUCACGAUCUUGUCUUCAUCGGUGUUGUUGGUAUCCAGGACCCGGUUCGCCCCGGUGUUCCCGAGGCUGUGGCCAAGGCUAAGCAUGCUGGUGUCUUCAUCCGCAUGGUUACUGGUGACAACGCUGUUACUGCCCAGGCUAUCGCUACCGAGUGUGGUAUCUACACGGAAGGUGGUCUCAUCAUGGAGGGCCCUGUCUUCAGGACUCUUUCCGAGGAGGAGAUGAACGAGAAGCUACCCCGUCUGCAAGUCUUGGCCCGUUCCUCGCCCGAGGAUAAGCGCAUCUUGGUCACCCGCCUCAAGGCCCUUGGUGAGACCGUCGCUGUUACUGGUGACGGCACCAACGAUGCGCCUGCGCUCAAGGCCGCGGACGUGGGUUUCUCGAUGGGUAUCUCUGGUACUGAGGUUGCCAAGGAGGCUUCUGCUAUUGUGUUGAUGGACGACAACUUCACUUCAAUUGUCACGGCUCUCAAGUGGGGACGUGCCGUCAACGACGCCGUCCAGAAGUUCCUUCAGUUCCAAAUCACCGUCAACAUCACUGCCGUCCUCCUCGCCUUCAUCACCGCUGUCUCCGAUCCCAAUAUGGAAUCCGUCCUCACCGCCGUUCAGCUCCUCUGGGUCAACCUCAUCAUGGACACCUUCGCCGCCCUCGCCCUUGCCACGGACCCUCCGACUGAAAAGAUCCUCGACCGCCUGCCGCAGGGCAAGAAGGCGCCUCUCAUCACCAUCAACAUGUGGAAGAUGAUCAUCGGCCAGGCCAUCUUCCAGCUUACCGCAACCCUCAUUCUGCACUUCGCCGGCAACAGCAUCUUCGGAUAUGACAGCGGCAACGAGGAUCAGCAGCUCGAGCUCGACUCCAUGAUCUUCAACACUUUCGUGUGGAUGCAGAUCUUCAACGAGUUCAACAACCGACGCCUCGACAACAAGUUCAACAUCUUUGAGGGUGUCCACCGCAACUACUUCUUCAUCUUUAUCAACUGCAUCAUGGUCGGCGCCCAAGUCGCCAUCAUCUACGUCGGCGGCAAGGCGUUCCGCAUCACCCCUGGCGGCAUCAGCGCGGAGCACUGGGGUGUUUCUGUUGUCAUCGCCUUCCUCUCCCUCCCCAUGGCCGUGCUCAUCCGUCUGUUCCCGGACCCUUGGUUCGAGAAGAUCGCCAAGACGGUGGGCAGACCGGUGGUCAUUGUCUACCGUGCCCUGGCCAGGUUCUUCAGCUCCAUCGGUUCCGUUUUCCGCCGCAAGAAGACCACCGACGGCGACUCCGCCUCUGCCGAGGAGGAGAACGGUGUCUCCUCCAGCUCUGAGAAGAGCGAGUCCAAGAUCAUGGAUGCCCCUGCCAUCGUCAUCUCCCCUCAACCCGAGGACAACAAGAACAGCAGGGACGUUGAGAAGGGCCAGUAA